AGUCAGACCGCAUCAUCUCUUCACUUCACAACGAAGAGGCAUUAAUUUCAGAGAAAUGGGGUUUGUGAGGAACGAUGAGAUCCACCGCCAGGAGCUGGAGGACUUCCGCCGCAUGUUGCUUGCAAGCGCCGGCGCCUACAAGGUCAACGCUCAUGAGCAUCGCGGAGAAGAAGGAACCAGAGCCGGCAAAGCCAAAAUUGGAACCACACAAGACGAUGAAGAAGAGAAGCUGGUCUGUGUCACCAGCGGUGUUUCCUUCCUGGGCCUCGCCCUCGUCAACAAGCUCCUGUCUCGUGGGUACUCUGUUCGAGUCAUCGUCGACAGCGAAGGAGAUGUGGAGAAAGUGGAGGAGAUGAGAAGAAACAACAGUAACAUCUGGCCGGUAACGGCGAAGCUAAGCGAAGUUGAAAGCUUAGAGGCGGCAAUGGAGGGGUGUCGUGGCGUAUUCCACACCUCUGGAUUCGUUGACCCUGCUGGUCUUACGGGCUACUCUAAAGCCAUGGCUGGAAUAGAGGUGAAGGCGAGUGAGAAUGUGAUGGAGGCUUGUGCAAGGACACCCUCGGUUAAAGGCUGUGUGCUCACUUCAUCGCUUUUGGCCUGCGUCUGGCAAGGUGGCUCCAAUGCUGACCCCUCGCCCAUCGUGGAUCAUGACUCCUGGAGUGAUGAGGCUUUCUGCCUUGAUAGAAAGCUGUGGUAUGCAUGGGGCAAACUGAAGGCAGAGAAAGCUGCAUGGAGAGUAGCUGAGGAGAAGGGAUUAAGGCUGAGCACUAUCUGCCCUGCUCUAGUCACUGGUCCUGAAUUUUACCGAAGAAAUCCAACGGCAACAUUAGCCUAUCUCAAAGGGGCAUACGAGAUGUAUGGAAGUGGCCUUUUGGCAACUGUUGAUGUAACAAGAUUAGCCGAGGCACAUGUAGUUGUGUUUGAGGCAAUGAGCAAGGCCUCGUUUGGAAGAUACAUUUGCUUUGACAGUGUCGUUGGGGGAGAAGCUGAGGCAGAAAAUCUAGCAUCAGAAACAGGGAUGCCAUUAAACCGGAUAACCGGAGACGGGUCCUCGAGUUUUUCGACUAGGUUUGAGUUGUCAGAUGGGAGGCUCUCUGGUCUAAUGUCAAGAACAAGCUGUUAUAGUGAAAGCCAGGAAUGAAAGUUCAGUCAGGGUCUCAAAGAGAGAACUGAAGAAAGAGAAUAUUGUAGUGUAGCAUACUGUCAAGAGAAGAUUGUUUCCCCCUCCCCCAAAUCAAACUGUAGAAAUGAAGCCGUCUCUUUCUUUUUUCCCAAGCUUUUUCACUGUUGAGAAGCCAUGAAUUCAACAUGUACACAUAGCUGAUUGAAUUCCAAGUAAUGUUGUACCAACCAACUCCUUGCCCAUACCACAGCAUCUGUUUCAUAGGUGGAUAGUGGGUAGAAAUAUUCUUUUUUUCACUUGUCAAUGCAAUGUGCAUCAGAUUCAAAACAUCAAUAAAGUGUAGAACACCAAUUUCUAGUCCA